AGCCAACCUUGUCUGCAUUCUGUAUGAAUCGACCUUAAUACUGCAAGAGAGCGAAAGGCGGGUCAGAGGGGGGAAGAAGCUGCCAGAAUCUGCACACUGGAUUAGGCGCAGCCAGUGGGGGGGAAAGCGAGCGGGGCACAGAGUGCAUUUAUGGGUGGGUAGGUGAGCUGUGUCCUACAUCUUAGAUGUCUGAAACAGAAGCGAGGGGGCUGCCCAUCAUCCAUGGCCCCGCGCAGCCAGCUUGCCUGCAAUGGCUCAGUGUGCACGCCGCGCCGGCGGCUCCUGGCUGGCCUGAACAGCUCCCCGGUGGCUGCUGGGCUGCCUCCCCCGUGCUGCGGCCGCCUGUGCUUGCCGCUUCUUCCCUCCAGCUCUGGUGUUCUUCUGUGUGUGCGCGCGCGCCUCCAUUCACGCGGUGGCGGCGGCGGCUGCGACGAUGUUGUUGAUUUCUGCCUCCGCGCUGCCCUCCUGCCGGCAGAGCCCAUCUCGCCGUCGCUGAGGGGGGAGGAAGAAGGCUCGGGAAGCGGAGCAGCUGCCGCGCCGCCCUUGCUGUUGGAUGGCGAGAGCCCCGGCUUCUCCCCGGCUGUGCAUCCCCGACAGGCUCAUGGUGCCAAUCCGCUCUCUGGUCUUCUGGGCUCUGGUGUACAGCUACUGCGGGCUGUGCGCCUGCCUGGAGGUGCUGAAACUUUUGUGGAGCCUCGGGACGAGGCCGGGCAAGACCUUCCAGUGGCUGAUCCGGGAGAACCCGCCAGGCUGCCUCAACGACCCCUCCUUGGGGACGCACUGCUACGUCAGAAUCAAGAAGCGCCUCAGCAAGCACCAUCUUAGAAGAGGCAUUCCCUCCUGUGUGAGAGAGAAGGAGCUGUCUCUUCUAAGAAAACACUUUGAUUCUGGGUUAAGAUUCCACUAUGUGGCUGCUGGAGAGAGGGGUAAACCACUUAUGCUGCUUCUCCAUGGCUUUCCAGAGUUCUGGUACUCCUGGCGCCACCAGAUGCGGGACUUUAAGAGUGAAUUCCGAGUUGUGGCCCUGGAUUUGAGAGGUUACGGAGAAACUGAUGCUCCUGCCCACCGAGAGAAUUACAAGCUGGACUGCCUGAUUACAGAUAUAAAGGAUAUCUUGGAGUCUCUUGGAUACAGCAAGUGUGUGCUGAUUGGCCAUGACUGGGGUGGAAUGAUUGCUUGGCUAGUUGCUAUUUGUUACCCAGAAACAGUAACUAAGCUGGUGGUUAUAAAUUUUCCACAUCCUUCUGUUUUUACAGAAUACAUUUUACGACGUCCGUCACAAAUGAUUAAAUCGGCCUACUACUACUUCUUCCAAAUGCCAUGGUUUCCUGAACUUAUGUUUACAAUAAAUGAUUUCAAGACGCUGAAAAACCUCUUUACCAGCCAAUCCACCGGAAUUGGAAAGAAAGGAUGUAAGCUAACAGCAGAAGACAUUGAGGCUUACCUAUUUGUUUUUUCCCAACCAGGAGCACUAACUGGCCCCAUUAAUCACUACAGAAACCUCUUCAGCUGCCUGCCUCUGCAGCACCAUGAGGUCACCAUGCCUACUCUUUUGCUGUGGGGAGAAAGAGAUCCCUUCAUGGAGGUUGAGAUGGCAGAAAUCACACGAAUUUAUGUAAAAAAUCAGUUCAGACUUACUAUCCUGUCUGAAGCCAGUCACUGGCUCCAACAAGAUCAGCCUGACAUCGUGAACAAGUUGAUAUGGACUUUUCUAAAAGAAGAGUCAAGAAAAAGAGAGUGACUUUUUUGCUAGCACAAUCUAAAUGUUAAAAGCUCAAGUAACUUGUAAUCAGGGCCAUAUUUGCAGCAAACCUAGACUGAGCUCCACUAGAGAAAAUGUUUUAAAUGUACUGUACGUAUUGAUGCCAAUGUUAUUACAAGAAGAUGGUGUAAGACUAUGUAAUGUUAAUGUUGGUUUUACCUGUAUUCUGUAUUUUGCACAUGGAACACUUGCCUUAAAAUGUUUGUGCUUGUACAAUAAGGAACUCAUAGAAAGUUGCUUACUUUUGGUUACUCACUUGCUUUAAAAUUCUAAUGUGUGGUGCCUUUUAAAAAUUUAUAACGAAUCAGUGCGGGAGUACCAGAUGUAAAAUAAGUUGUUAUUGGUAUGAUGAUCAAUUUUGAUUCUACUGGUUGGAAUUUUUUUUUUACUAUAUUUUCACCAUUAAAAAUGUUAACAGAUCUUUUGGUCUACAUGUUACUGUAGAAGUCUAAAGAAAACAAACUUUUGUCUGGGCACAUUUGAGAUCAUGAAGUAACUAAUCAAAUAUAAUUGUAAUGAGUUGAUAGCUGCUUGUGUGGUGGUGUUAACUGGGAGAAAAGCCCCUAGGAUGUAUACACACAGUGUUUCAAAAGCUAAAAUAGAGAAUGAAGAGCUAUGAUCAUGACUUGUGUAUCCUAGUGUUUGCCUUGUGCUAAUAAACUGCAACUAACAUUGUGCCCUGUA